AUGGUUAGUCGCAAGAAGUCCUGCGUUCCUUGCCGAGCCAGCAAAGCGAGGUGCUCUCUUGGCUCGCCCUGUCUACGAUGUGAUGCACGAUCCUUGGACUGUAAGUACGACCACCUGCCAAAACGAGCAACUGUUCGGAUGUUACGAGCUGCUGGUGGGAAUGGCCAAGAAUGUGCAGACCAAUCAAACUUCCAUACUCAAUCCGUGGCUUGGCAUGUUCCUAGUUCAGGUGCUAGAGCUAGCAGAGAGACUCUUAAUCCGAUCACACAUGUACUCGCACCAGCCGUGGCGGAUGAGACCAUCUCGACCUCUCCUGUCUUAGACCUUGAAGAUCGAUCAAGUACGUCCUUGGAUCCUUGGAUGAGUUGGGAGCCUCUAUUGCCGUCCUUGUUCCCUACGUCUCCAUUGAGUUUUCUGGACUGCGAGCCAAGUUUCCUGAAUGUUCCGGCUGGCCAGGACACAACAAACACGCCGUCUACAGCAGUUCACAACAACCCAAAUUAUAAUACGGUGGCACCUUACAAACCAGUUGGGAUUUCAUGGCUACAACAAUAUGAACGGUCUGGCCAAACCUACCCCGAGAAAGCUUUAAUUCCAAUGCAAAGCCCCAAAACAACACAAUACAGAAUACGGUCGAAUUUAACCGCACAGUCUGAAAAUGACUCUUCGUUGGAUGUAUUUCCAAAAUUUUAUCACCGUACACCACUUUUUCCAAGAGUUAGGAAACCGUUAUCCACUUACUUGACUGCUAAAGUUCUCCUUGGUCAACUCCUUUCCUAUCCUGCAAUGAUGGCUAAGGGCGGGCGGCUACCACCAACCAUUUUCCCCCAAUGCGUAAUAAAUGGAACAAUUCCACCAUCUGAGUGCAGCUCUCAAGGAUACCAUCAGUGUUUACCUGAGGAGUUGGCUAUCUGCUCCAGUUUGGUACAAUCCUUUGAAGCCAGAACUCCUGGAAGCGAGGCUUUCGUAUGGGCAAACAUUUACAAAGAGAUUGAACGGAUUAGAAAAGAGUCCAAUUCCUUCGGCAGGGAUAGGCUUCUAGCAGCCAUGCAAGCAUUAACAAUAUAUGUACUGCUCCAAACGCGUGACCGAGAUUCCAUCCCCAAGCACGACAUUGACAUGCUUCUCUCAACCCCUCUUUUGUUAGCCAGACGGUUAUGUUGUCAAGCUCCUGACUUCGCCUCAAAUUUGAUUAAUGGGGCCAGCCUGGAUCGAAAAGAAUGGGUUUUCCGAGAAAGUCUCCGAAGGACCGCAUGUCUGAAUUUCGGCUUAGAGCUCCUUGUUGAUGUCAGUUUCAGUGGGAAGAACGAACAAUCAUGUGGUUAUGAUAACGUAGCUGUUCCGGCUGCAAGAUAUCUUUGGGAGCCGGUCUCAAAUAUCGAGUGGGCCGUGCGGUACAAGAAGUCGGAGGUCGAUAUGCAGAAAGUGCCUCUGAGUAUGCAAGAUCUCCGGCGAGCACGGCGUACAACUGGGAACGGCACACUCAAUGAAUGUGAGCAGGGAGAAAUUUUCUCACGAGUCUGUAAAUGGUGUGAUGGUCUGGACGAAUUUGGCAUGCUCGUGUGGAUGGCUGUAACGAUGGAGCAAAUGAGUUAUGAGUGA